AUGGCGCAACGGCCCAAUAACACCGACCUCCCACCCAAAGAGACAACUCAACCCUUGAAGGGGAAAGGACCGCAUCAACAAAACGACCCAGGCGACUGGGAGUCGCAGGAACGGGAGCCAUGGGCGAAUGCGAUGGAGUGCGUCUUCAGGGACAGGCACAGAUGUACUGCUAUCCACGCGUGGUAUUCGAGGUUUUCGAACCGCACGUCUAUACUCCCUUACCAGCCCAGCCGCCCUCUCCUGCGCAGCAGGGCGACGAGACUGGGGAAGUCCAACAAACGUGCGAUGUUCAGUAACCAUAGAAACAGCCAAAGGACCAGCGGCAACCUCCGGAGCGACACAAAGGGUGUCGCUGGCCACAUCUCGCUCAAACGAACAAGGCAACGGUGGCACCAGGGACUACCCCCCCUGGCCAAAGGCAAACCAUUCGUAUCAACAUGGACCGGCGCAGGGGUAGUCUGCACCUGGACGACCGAAGCCGCCGAUGGAGACAAAGGGGCGAUGAAACUUUCGCACAAAUUAGCAAUAUUACCUUACAUAAACGCACCGGACUUACCAGACACGUCCGGAGAGGGCGAUUCGACUCCGUCCGGCUCCGCCGAAGCAGGAGAGGAUGGAAAUCCCUCCCAUUCCGGCGAAACCGAGCGGGGCGCAGGUGUGAAAACGACAUCGUCUUCAGAGGAUGAACGAGGACGAACUCCACGGAGAAGGCGACGGCGUCGUGGGGCGGAUUCUCCCGAUGGAGGCGACGAAGCUUUGCGGCGAGCCAUCUGCGAAAACACCCAUAUUAGUAAGCUCAAAACAUGCGAGAAAGCGCUGGAGGAGCCGUUACCCUUAUUAGCUGAGGCAGAAGAGUGCGCACGUACCGCAAGAAGUUUGGUGGUUUGA